AUGGACGAGGCAACAUUGGCGGGAGGGGUGGGCAGCCUGAUGGAGGGAGGGACAGGGGAGGCGGCGAUCAGCAGGAGAGUUGAACUCUCACAUAGGCAUACCACCCAUUACGGCUUGAGAGACGACUACGGAACACUGGCUACACGCCUGCACCGACAACUUCGACUCGAGACGCCUCCAGACGACUUCAGGGAACUUACGAUCAUCCCAACCUUCGAAGACAUCCACAGCGACAAGGAGCCGUUUCUCCGCACCAACAUUGACCGCGGCCGCUACCGAGAUGUGGACACGUAUCUGGACACCCAGUUCAGGCUGCUGAGAGAAGACUUCGUACGGCCACUACGAGAAGGUAUUGAAGACUUCUUAUACAUGCGCAGACGUGGAUUGGACCAAGAACGCAAACUGCAAGACAUCCGUGUCUACCAUGACGUCCACGUUGUCUAUCCCACCUACUCCAACCAGGGUAUGGUCCACAGGAUACAGUUUGACAGCAGCAGGCUCAAAGGGGUGAGAUGGCAGUCCUCGAAGCGGCUGAUCUACGGAUCCCUCGUCUGCCUCACCAAAGAUGAGUUUAAUACUAUGUACUUUGCGACAGUUGUAAAUAGCAACCCGAAAGAGCUUGAGCAGGGUUGGGUGGAUGUUCGAUUCGAAAAUGACACAUCGGCUGUGAUAGGCAUCAGUUCAAUGGACACCUUCAUCAUGGUUGAAACAACUGCCUUCUUCGAAGCCUACCGACACGUCCUAAAAGGUCUUCAAGAAGUGGAAGAUGACAAAAUGCCGUUCACCAAGUACAUCGUGGACUGCGACUGUGCCGACGGCGUAGAUCCACCAGCCUACCUUCGGAGGAGCUUCGGGGCCGAGAAUGUCAAAUACGACCUGUCGGUUGUUAAAAACGUGUACAGCAGACCAAAUCUGCAGCCCAUGCAAGUUCCUGUCCUUCGGGGUGCUCUUUGGCCGUCAGCUGAAGACCUUGGUUUUGAUGAGUCGCAGUACCGCGCCUUCAGAUUGGGGCUGACCAGAGAAUUCGCCGUCAUCCAAGGUCCGCCAGGAACCGGGAAGACCUACAUUGGGCUCAAGAUCAUCGAAGUACUACUCAGAAACAGUUUUGCGUGGCAAGGACACAAUGGAGGUCUUGGAAUGACGGGAAACGCGAAUAGUCCCAUCCUUGUGGUUUGCUACACAAAUCAUGCCCUUGACCAGUUUCUCGAAGGUAUAGAAGAGUCUUACCCUGAGGGUAUCGUAAGAGUUGGAGGGCAAAGCAAGAGUAAGAAACUGGAACGCUUCAAGCUGAAGAAUAUCAGACACAAAGUACGCCAGAGCAAGUUGGUUCCGCAGGACAUCAAAAAGAGGGCUGCCAAUGCAACACGAGAAAAGAAACGCCUUGAGAAAGAGAUGGAUAUGCAUCUAGAUAAGUUGACGGCAACGCAAAGUGUUCUCCUACAUGAAAACACCCUGAUGGACGUAAUGGACCGACGCCAUAGGACAAGCUUGAUGGAGGGAUGGCAAGAAGCAGACGAGUACGAGUGGAGGACGGGUGGAAAGAAAAGGGGAUCUGCCAUAGAGGACUGGCUUGGUCUUGGAGGACAAGUCCUGCCGGAAGUAGAUAAGCAGGACCAUGGUACCCAAGAAGAGGACCAGGAGGAAGAGACGAUAGACAUGGAAGAUCCAGAAGAAAUGAGGCGGCUGCUAGACGACGAUGAAGUACUGUACGGUCCUGUGGACCGACGACAGCACACGAGAAAUGCUGUAAGCGUAGACCGGGCCCUAGACCUCAACAGUAUGCACAUCAAAGAGCACAGGGCAGAGGAUAGUGGAGGAUGGCAAGUUCAAGUCAACAAGAAGAAGAGAAGAAAUAUGCUUAAGCAUGAACUCAGCAAGACAGAGAUGAUGACCCACGAAGAAGCUCGACAAGUCCGAGACGUCUGGACGCUGCAACCACGGGACCGAUGGCGCCUCUACCGUUACUGGGUGGCCAGGUACUGUGACUUGUUCAAGAGGCCGAUAUCAGCGUGUGCAAAGAGAUACGAGGAUGUUGCUCGACGGCUUGACAAGAUAAGAAACGAAGAAGAUCGCAGGAUCAUGGAGGAAGCAUGCGUCAUCGGUAUGACCACCACUGGUGCUGCCAAAAACCGCUCGAUCCUGCAAGCCAUUCAACCUGCUAUCAUCAUUGUAGAGGAGGCAGCAGAAGUUCUGGAGGCCCACAUCGUCACAACGCUCUCCCAGCAGUGCCAACAUCUCAUCCUCAUCGGGGAUCACCAGCAGCUCCGUCCCAACCCAACCGUCUACGAACUGGCUAAGAAAUACAAGAUGGACAUCUCCCUUUUCGAGCGCAUGGUCAACAAUGACAUGCAGUGUGUGCGGCUUCAGUCACAGCAUCGCAUGCGGCCAGAGUUCGCCCGGCUCCUGACGCCGCACAUCUACGACUCGCUGGACAACCACGAAUCGGUGCUCAACUACGAGAACAUCAAGGGCGUCUCCUCAAAUCUGUUCUUUCUGGAUCACAGCUACAAGGAAGCACACGCCAAAGACACGAAGAGCCGGUCUAACAUGCACGAGGCGCAGUUCCUUGCCAGCUUCUGCCGCUACCUGCUUCAACAAGGGUACAGCCCGUCCCAGAUCACCAUCCUCACCACGUACACAGGUCAACUCUUCAACUUUAAGGAUGUCAUGCCACGACAGGUGUUCCAGGGUGUGCGUGUUUGCACCGUGGACAACUUCCAGGGAGAAGAGAACGACAUCAUCCUGCUGUCACUGGUGAGAAGCAAUGAUGAGAACAUCGCUGGCUUCCUGAAGGUGGAAAACAGAGUCUGCGUUGCUCUUUCACGAGCGAAGAAGGGUUUCUACGCCAUAGGCAACCUGACAAUGCUGGCGGAGGCAAGCACACUAUGGAAGGAGAUCAUCCAAGAACUUCGAAGGCAAGGCAGCAUAGGUACCAGCCUGACACUGAGCUGCCAAAAUCACCCGGACAGCAAGAUUCUUGUGUCAACCGCCGACGACUUCAAGGAGACCCCAAACGGCGGGUGUAUGCGGCCGUGUGGCUUCAGGUUACAGUGUGGACAUCUUUGUGGAAUGCGCUGCCACCUAACUGACCCGGAGCAUGAAGAGUACGAGUGCCCAAAACCCUGUGCCAAAGUCCUUUGUGACCUCGGACACAGAUGCCCGGAUCUCUGCUACCAGGAUUGUGGUAAAUGUGAAGUAUUGGUCGAAAAGACCAUUCCCAUAUGCCAACACAAGCAGAAGGUCCGAUGCCAUGAGAAGGCCCGCCCAUUCCAGUGUCAGAUGCCGUGUGAGAAAGUCCUUCCUUGUAGACACAGAUGCAAGAACAAGUGUAACCAAGAGUGCAGCGUGCCCUGUAUGGAGAUGGUGCAACAUCAGUUUCCCUGUGGCCACACCAUCCAGGCGGCCUGUUCGGUCCAAAAGGACGACAUGCUUUGUAACAUACCUUGUCGAAAUCUGUUGAAGUGCGGACACCAGUGUGCCGGUACAUGCGAUCGCUGCAAGCAGGGGAGGUUGCACCAGCAGUGUAGGCAGCCAUAUAACCGUGUGCUUGUUUGCUCCCAUCAGUGUAGGGCGAAUUGCACACACAACUGUCCUCCAUGCGCCGAACCUUGUGAGAACCACUGCAUCCACGGCCUCUGCCGACACAAAUGCGGAGAGCCCUGCGUCCCGUGUCAGGAGCCCUGCGAGUGGACAUGCAGACAUCACAAGUGUGACAAGCCCUGUGGUGAGCCCUGCGAUCGUCCUCGAUGUCACUUCGCCUGCCAGAAACUCAGACGCUGUGACAGGUGUAAGAAAGUUCAGUCAUGCAUCGGCAUGUGUGGAGAACCAUGCCCAAACAGAUGCCGAGUCUGUGAUCAUCAGGAGUUGACAAAGGACGUCUUCGGAACCGAGGAUGAACCCGACGCACGAUUUGUGCUGCUGGAGGACUGUGGCCACGUACUGGAGGUUGGCGGGAUGGACUACUGGAUGGACGAAACAUCCAAAACGAUCCAACUCAAAACCUGCCCGAAAUGCAGAACUCCAAUACGUUACAACUUACGCUAUGGAAAUACCAUCAAAAGAACGCUGGCGAAGAUCGAGAUUGUAAAGAACAAGCAGUGCGUUCCAAAGGCAGAGAGGAGAACCACUGCCAAGAGGUUUAAAAAUGAUCUCCUAAGUGAUGUUGACUUGCAAUGGUACUGCGCUGGCUCCUCGUCUGAUCUCCUUGUGCAAGUCGAACGCUUCAGUUUGUCUUCACCGGACCAAGUGGCCAUGUUUGAAAAGAAAAUCUUUUUCCUGAAGAAAAUUGCGAGACGUAAAGAUGAAAUGGAACGCCUUCGGGUCCUUGGAGACAAGCCCCACAUCAUGGAAUUAGACAGGGAAAUCGCCGAAAUGGAGAACUGGCUGCUUCGUCCCACCGCCCAUGUGAAUGAACAGGAGUGGGAUGAGUUCGGGACAGAGAUGAGCCGGAUGAACUUCCUCCUGAAGCUCCGCGUGCUGCAGGGCCAGAUCCGGAAGAAGGGAAUCAGUCUGGACGACCAGGACAAGGUGCUCCUUGACUAUGCGGAAGGCGUGCUGACCGAACUCAAACCUUUCACGGAGAAGAGAGAGGAGCUGGUCAAGCAAGCCCUGAGGACUGUCAAGGACCUAACCCGGCAAUACCCUGCGCCGAGGGCUGCCAUAGCAAGGAGUGCUGGUGUCACCAGCAGGUUGGGGCCGCCACAGGUUUCGGUCAGACAGCCGCCCAGCACUGAAAAUGGACGUGCCUAUGAGAGCAGCUAUUCAACCCUUUUCGACAGAUGUACUGGUGCCAGAAGGCGGGGGCAGCCACUGGUUUCGACCAGACAGCCGCCUAGUACUGAAUAUGGACUUGCUUCUGAGAGCAGCCAUUCAACCGUUUUGGAAAGGAGUGCGGGUACCAGCAGGCGGGGGCCGCCACAGGCUUCGUCCAGACAGCCGACAAGUUCCGGAGAUGGACGUACUUAUGAGAGCAGCCGUUCAACCGUUCCCGAAAGGAGUGCGGGUACCAGCAGACGGGGGCCGCCACAGGCUUUGACCAGACAGCCGACAAGUUCCGGAGAUGGACGUACUUAUGAUAGCAGCCGUUCAACUGUUCCCGAAAGGAGUGCGGGUACCAGCAGGUCAAGAGAGCCGCCUUCUACCGGAGAUGGACGUGCCUAUGAGAGCAGCUAUUCAACCGUGUUUGACAGGAGUGCUGGUGCUACAAGGAGGGGGCAGUCAUAUGUUUCGUCCAGACAGACGCCUAGUACCGAAGAAGGACGUGCUUAUGACAGCAGCCGUUCAACUGUUCCCGAAAGGAGUGUGGGUACCAGCAUACGGGGGCCGCCAAAGGCUUCGGCCAGACAGCCGCCCAGUACCGGAGAUGGACGUACUUAUGAGAGCAGCCGUUCAACUGUUCCCGAAAGGAGUGCGGGUACCAGCAUACGGGGGCCGCCAAAGGCUUCGGCCAGACAGCCGCCCAGUACCGGAGAUGGACGUACUUAUGAGAGCAGCCGUUCAACUGUUCCCGAAAGGAGUGCGGGUACCAGCAUACGGGGGCCGCCAAAGGCUUCGGCCAGACAGCCGCCCAGUACCGGAGAUGGACGUACUUAUGACAGCAGCCGUUCAACUGUUCCCGAAAGGAGUGCGGGUACCAGCAUACGGGGGCCGCCAAAGGCUUCGGCCAGACAGCCGCCCAGUACCGGAGAUGGACGUACUUAUGACAGCAGCCGUUCAACUGUUCCCGAAAGGAGUGCGGGUACCAGCAUACGGGGGCCGCCAAAGGCUUCGGCCAGACAGCCGCCCAGUACCGGAGAUGGACGUACUUAUGACAGCAGCCGUUCAACUGUUCCCGAAAGGAGUGCGGGUACCAGCAUACGGGGGCCGCCAAAGGCUUCGGCCAGACAGCCGCCCAGUACCGGAGAUGGACGUACUUAUGAUAGCAGCCGUUCAACUGUUCCCGAAAGGAGUGCGGGUACCAGCAUACGGGGGCCGCCAAAGGCUUCGGCCAGACAGCCGCCCAGUACCGGAGAUGGACGUACUUAUGAUAGCAGCCGUUCAACUGUUCCCGAAAGGAGUGCGGGUACCAGCAGGUCAAGAGAGCCGCCUUCUACCGGAGAUGGACGUGCCUAUGAGAGCAGCUAUUCAACCGUGUUUGACAGGAGUGCUGGUGCUACAAGGAGGGGGCAGUCAUAUGUUUCGGCCAGACAGACGCCUAGUACCGAAGAAGGACGUUCUUAUGACAGCAGCCGUUCAACUGUUUCCGAAAGGAGUGCGGGUACGGGCAGACGGGGGCAGACACAGUCUUCGGCCAGACAGCCGCCUGGCACCGAAGAAGGACGUAGCGAGACACACAGCCUAAUCCGAUCACGCCUGGACUUUUUCGAGUCUUUGUGA